AGGAAAGUUUGCUAUUUCUUGUUUGAAGUGGUUCUUGCUAGCUAUUUAUUGAUCUUCCUUUUUAACUUGUUAGUAACGCUUUAAUUAGCAUUAUUCUAUUGGGUCCACUUGGGCUCUCUCACUUUUUUAGUUCAACUUUCACACUAAAAUUUUUCGAGUGUUAAAAGUGAUAUGAUUGCUAGCGGGAGGAUUUUAGGUUUUAACAUUCUAGUUAGAGAUUCUUGGUUUAGCGAGUUGGGUCAGAUUAGGGAUUUCAGUUGUGUGUGCAGGUGGGGAGACAUUUAAGGAAGUUAGUUUUAAAAAAUGGGAUUAGUCUAGGAAAUCUUCCAAGGUGUUUCCAGUAUUGAUUGAUUUAUCUAGUGUUUUUAGAUUUCUGUUACAGAUUGUUGGGGCCGUAUUUAUUAUUAGAAAGGCCUGGCUCUGGAUACCUAUUUAGACUCCAGCCACCAGGGGGCGGUGUCUCCAUUGGAACCUUCUCGGGGGGCUGGAGGGUUAACCCUGUCCUCUUCUAGUUCUGGAAUUUUCUUCCAAGGAGAUGGGCAGUCCCAGGCAGUUGUUAACUCUCGCAUGAACUCACCUUAUGAGAACUCUUCUGAUUCAAUUCCUGGAACUGGUUGUCAUAAUCUGGGUCCAGUUUCCGGGGACAUGAAUUGUACAGUGCUGAACAGUGUGGCAAACUCAGGACCUAGUGUUGGGGCUAGUUCCUUGGUCACAGAUGCAAAUUCGGUAUUGUCAGGAGGUCCCCACUUGCAGAGAAGUUCUAGCUUCAAUACAGAUUCAUAUAUGUGCUUACCAGCAUCGCCCAUGUCAUUUUCCUCGAACAAUAUGUCAGGUUCAUCAGUCAUUGAUGGAUCCUCUGGAGGUCAUCAAGAACCAAGUGUCCAACACAUGCAGCAGAGUCAGCAACUUCAAGGGGCCUCAAGUGCUACAUCUUUGCCCACAUCACAAACUGGCCAAGUUUCACUUCCCACGGGUCCAUGGGUCCAAGGGUCCUUCAUGCAAGACUCUUGUAAUCUAUCCCAGGUGCGUAAGAAACCUCGAGUAGAUGUCAAGCAAGAAGACUUUUUUCAGCAACAGAUGUUGCAACAGCUGCUGCAAAGGCAGGAUUCCAUGCAGUUGCUAGGUCGAAACCCUCGAUUACAAGAUUUGUAUCAGCAGCAGAGACUUGGGCAACGGCAACAAAUGUUGCAGUCAAUGCCACCUUUGCAGAGAGCCCACUUGCAGCAGCAACAAAUUCAAUUAAGGCAGCAAUUUCCACAACAGGGCAUGCAACAAGUAGCUGGAAUGAAGCGUCCUUUUGAUAGUGGUGUAUGUGCUCGCCGGUUAAUGCAAUACCUAUAUCACCAACGGCAAAGGCCACACGACAAUACAAUUGCAUACUGGAGGAAAUUUGUGGCAGAGUAUUAUUCUACCCGUGCAAAGAAAAGAUGGUGUUUAUCAAUGUAUAAUAAUGUUGGCAGUCAUGCACUUGGUGUUUUCCCUCAAGCAGCUAUGGAUGCCUGGUAUUGUGACAUUUGUGGGUCUAAGUCUGGAAGGGGAUUUGAGGCAACUUUUGAAGUACUACCAAGACUUAAUGAAAUCAAAUUUAGCAGUGGAGCAAUUGAUGAGCUUCUGUUUUUGGAUUUUCCACGCGAGUGUAGAUUUCCUUCUGGGAUGAUGAUGUUGGAAUAUGGAAAAGCAGUUCAGGAGAGUGUAUAUGAGCAGCUUCGUGUUGUGCGUGAGGGUCAGCUUCGAAUCAUAUUUACUCAGGACUUAAAGAUAUUGUCUUUGGAGUUUUGUGCACGUAGACAUGAAGAACUUUAUCCUCGUCGUUUAGUUGCACCUCAGGUAAACCAGUUACUUCAGGUGGCACAAAAAUGUCACAGCUCAAUUUCUGAAGGCGGGUCUGACAGCGUUUCUCAGCAGGAUUUGCAAACAAACAGCAACAUGUUCCUGAUGGCUGGACGACAGCUUGUCAAGAGUUUGGAGUUACAAUCACUGAAUGAUUUUGGUUUCUCAAAAAGAUAUGUGAGAUGUUUGCAGAUUGCUGAGGCUGUGAUCAGCAUGAAAGAUCUGAUAGAUUUUUGUCGAGAACAAAAGGUUGGGCCUAUUGCCAAGAUCCAAAUGCAAAAAAUGCUGGAAAUGGAGCAACUAGCCAAUGUUCAGGGUCUGCCAACAGAGAUGAAUACACUCAAUAAGCUGAUGGCAUUGCAUCCUGGAAUAAACAAUCAAACAGGCAACAACCAUAACAUAGUCGGUCGGGGAACUUUAAGCAGUUCAGCACAAACUGCUUUGGCACUUACUAACUACCAGAAUCUGCUUGUUAGGCAGAAUUCGAUGAAUUCAAAGCCUAGCCCUCUUCAUCAGGAAGCCUCGUCUUCCUUCAAUAAUUUUAACCGAAGUCCAUCCUCAAAUUUCCAAGGUCGUGCUGCAUUGUUACCAAGUUCCAUGCAUACCCUGCCUGUUAGUGGCUUAUCAAGUCCGCAUGUACUAGCUCAGCAGCCUCAACUGCAGAGGCAUACAUUAACCGCCACUAACUUAAUUCAACAGAACCAUCUGCUACCCUCUCAGAGUAACCAGGCUUUACAACAGAAAAUGAUACGACAGCUGCUCCAUGAGAUUCCCAAUAAUAAUACGGGAGUUCAGCAGCAGUCCUGGAGUGGGCAGAGUGAGAAUGCGAGCAUGGGAAGAAAUGGAAUGGGCUUCGGAAGCAACACCACUGCUGCAGCUACCUCUAAUAUGUCGGGAAGUGUUGCAAGGGCUGCACCAAGUCAAAGCAACAGUUACCGAGCUGCUUCAAACAGUGACUCUACCCCAGCUGGUGGCAACAAUGUAUCCACCCAGAGAGCACCUGAUUUGCCUCAGAAUCUUCAUUUGCAAGAUGAUAUUAUGUCGGAUAUAGCUCAUGAGUUAACGGAAAAUGGGUUUUUUAACUGUGACGUAGAUGAUCAUACGAAUUAUGGGUGGAAGGCAUGACUUUGUUUGGUCUAAUAAAUGGCUUCCGUUGUGUGAGUGUCGGGCAAAUUUUUGUAUAGAAUACUGGAAAUAGCUGUAUUUUUCUUUCUAGUACCCGGGCCUCUUUAACAUGGCAUUGUUGCGACAUCACUUGCUUUGUGCUUGACUUGGUAUUUGGGGAUCUUUGUAUCAUUUUCAACAAGUGUAAUCUAUUGAACGAACUUGAGAAGAGAUUUAGUUUCUUAUUAAUAUAUAAUAUUUGCCUGUUUCACUGCCCCA